AUGUCAAACCCACCGUCCAGUCGCGCUGACGAGGUGCAGAAUCUUCUGAAAGCCGUCGAAGACCUUCUUAUUCCCUUUAUCCGAUCCGCAGACGAGCACUCGGCCCUUACCCAAAAGAACGGUGCAAAUGGACAUGCCGCAACACAAGGAACAUCAUUAGUGGAUUACAAGAAGCCAGGGGAGCUGCGCGAUAUCCUCCAGCUCGGGAUCCCAGAGAAAGGCCAAGCGCAGGAUGGCUUGAUCGAGGUGCUGCAGAAGGUCCUGAAAUACUCGGUCAAUACCUGGCAUCAGGGCUUCCUGGACAAGCUUUAUGCGUCCACGAAUGCACCAGGGGUGGCGGCGGAGCUUAUUCUCGCUGUAUUAAACACCAACGUGCAUGUCUAUCAGGUUUCACCUGCCCUCACCGUCAUCGAGAAAUAUACCGGCCAGCGGCUGGCAAAUCUCUUUGGGUUGAACGGGCCCCGAGCCGGAGGCAUUUCGGUUCAGGGAGGAUCGGCCUCGAACACAACGUCCAUUGUCAUCGCUCGCAACAAUCUCUACCCGAGCACGAAGACGGACGGCAACGGCGGGUACAAAUUUGUGCUCUUCACCAGCGCCCAUGGCCAUUACAGCGUCGAGAAGGCGGCGCAGAUGCUCGGAUUCGGUAGCAGUGCAGUUUGGCCUGUGCCCAUCGAUAAGCAGGGCCGAAUGAUCCCAGCUGAGUUGGAGAAGCGUGUGCAGAAAGCGCAAAGCGAGGGUCGCACUCCCUUCUACGUGAACGCCACGGCCGGUACAACGGUUCUGGGAUCCUUCGAUCCCUUCGAGGAAAUUGCAGCCAUCUGCCAGAAAUAUAAUCUGUGGUUCCAUGUUGAUGGAUCCUGGGGUGGUUCCUUCGUCUUCUCCCGCCGACAGAGACAGAAGCUGGCAGGCUCCGAGAAGGCGAACAGUAUUGCGAUUAACCCGCACAAGAUGAUCGGCGUGCCGGUGACAUGCUCAUAUCUCUUGGCCUCGGACAUGCGCCAGUUCCACCGGGCCAACACCCUGCCUGCAGGCUAUCUUUUCCACAAUGAGGAUACCGAGCCGACUCAGAAUGGAGAUGCGCACGAGUCCGAACUGGAAGUUGAGUCGCCUGAGGUGUGGGAUCUAGCGGAUCUGACUCUGCAGUGCGGCCGCCGCGCCGAUUCCCUGAAGCUGUUCUUGGGAUGGACAUACUAUGGAACCGAAGGUUACGAGCAGCAGAUCGACACUGCAUGCGAUGUCGCCACCCACCUGGCUACCCUCAUGUCUCAGAACCCGAACUUCACUCUUGUUAGCGAGAAUGCGCCUCCUUGUCUGCAGGUCUGCUUCUAUUAUGCGCCCGGCAAGGAAAUGGUCUAUCCGCGUGGCAUUGUGUCGAAUGAGAAGCAGCGGGCCAAGAACAAUAGCAAAGUCACCGAGCAGAUCACGCAUGCUAUUGUCCGCAAGGGCUUCAUGGUCGACUUCGCACCUCCCAGCGGGGACGAGGAUGCGGUUGGAAAUGGCAAAUUCUUCCGCUGCGUGGUGAAUAUUUUGACUACCAAGCAAACCGUCGAGUCUCUUGUGCGUGCCAUUGAAGAGGUCGGUCCUGGUAUUGUUGAGUCCUUGAAGUCGAUCACGCCGGUCGUUCCUCACAAACGACCUGGUGAGCACGGGCAUGGUCCAGUUGUCCACCACACGUGA